UACAACGCCUUUUCCUCGCGUAUAUUUUGAAUUGUUGCUUAUAGGUGCAGGGGCAUUGUGGAUUCCUUUGGCGCCUUCCAAAGCUACUACAGCUCCGAGCUCCUCAGCGAUGUCUCCUACUCGAAUAUCUCGUGGAUCGGCUCCAUCCAAGGCUUUCUACUCUGUCUCACGGGAUUUCUGACUGGUCCAUUGUUCGACGCGGGAUACGCUUAUUGUCUGAUAUACAUUGGCUCCUUUCUCGUGGUGUUUGGCAUGUUCAUGGUCAGUCUGUGCACAGAGUACUGGCAGGUCAUAGGUCAUGCUGGCGCAGGGCGUCUGCAUCGGUCUGGGCAGUGGUUGUCUAUUUAUUCCCAGUGUUGGUAUCAUACCAACCUACUUCAGUACUCGUAAAACGCUCGCAAUGGGUCUCGUAGCGUCGGGGAGCAGCAUCGCUGGGAUUUUCGGGACGCGGAUGGGCAUGAGUACGCUUUGUGCCGGAUUGGGGACGUCAGUUGGGAAUCCGGUCGCCGGGGCGAUUGUGGAAAGCAGGAGUUGGGUGGGAGUAAGCUUAUUUUGUGCUUGUGCGCUGGUAGUAGGGACGAUAUUUGUUGCUGGUGCGAGGGAUGUGAGGAGUCGGAGGGAGAUGGAGCAGGUGUAGGUGUAGGUAUUACGAGUUACGAUAUCAUAGACUACAGCUUGAGAAAAGUGCUUAGACUCGUCUUUUUCACCCCGCUAACAUAAAGCUUGAAACUAUAGCAUAC